CCAUGAAAUAAUCAUUAUUCUCCUUCUGUUCACGCAAAUUGGCCUCCAUUUUUUUGCCAGUUCAGCUCCAGCCUCCUCCCCACACCAAAAUCACCACCACCACCACCACCCCCACCCCCACCGCCACCCUCCUUUACCAAUUUCAUCCACACAAUCAACACCACCACCAUUAACGAAUUAUCUUCUUCCUUUCUUUCACUUGUAUAUAUAUAUAUAUAAUUCCCCAAUUUUUAUGACUUUCUCUCUCUAGGGUUUUUCUCGAUCAAAUCCUUAUACCAUCAACCACAGGUAUAUUUCUUACUUUAUUUCUUUCAAUAUCAUCAUCAAUCACCCUAUUCCUACUGCUUCUGCUUCUGCUUUUCAAUUUUCUUUAUUCUUCAUUAGGUUGGGUCGAUGUUGAAUUUUUUAUUUAUUUGAGGAGUUGGGUUUUUUAGCAUUUCAUAGUUAGAUGCAGAAGCCUGUUUUCGGUGUGGCUUAAACUUGCGAUUGGCGUGCACGCACUUUGGUUAUUCUAUGAUUGAAAUUUGAAUGUUGAAGAGGAUCACGUCGCAAGCUACUUUGUACUUAUUGCCGCUCUCGAAUUGUUCAGAAGCUAUUGUUUACUCUGUAUUAUUUGCAAAAUGUAGCUGGUUUAGGUUCCUGAUUAACUAAUGUAUUUCCAGAAGUAUUCACCGCUUAAAAGAAUAGACUAAAUAGAUAGGACCUUUUUGCUGUGAAAUCCAAGGAAGGUUUUAGUGAAUUUCAGUAUACAUGCUCUAAUUAACGACAAAUUAGGAAGUAAAAGAACCACUUGCAAGAUGCCAAAUCUAUAUUACAAAAUAGCUGUUGGUGCCAUUUGAUCAACGACCUAUGUAUGAGCAUGUCCGAUGAUGCAUCUGGGUGGAUGAUCUUGAGUUGGGUGAAGAGUAUUUGUACAAGAGCGAGUAUGUUGAUUAAUCUCUAGACAGCUAUACCCAUGAUGGCAUUUAGGAUAUUGCAGUAGAUGUUCUUGGAUGUGUCAUUGGGGCAGUAUAUUGAUCUAAAUCAAUCUGUGAAAUUAAUGCAUACACGAUCUGUUGUAGCUUUCCCCUGAAUCACAUUCCAAGAUGUACACAGGAUACCAGAAAAGCCAUGACAAUAAAUUUUAUUGUUGUCUUUUCUUCCUUGAUGGAUUAAUCUUAGAGAGAGAAGAAAGUGAGUGGUUGGUUUAAUACAACUAUAAGCUGAAGCAAACUCGGGACUAGAUUUUCUUGGUCCGAUAUCAGUCUUGAGGUUUUUUUCUUUGUUUCUCUUCCCCAUCCAAUUUCUUUGUUAUUGAUGGAGAAAAGUCCUGUAGCUAUUUAGUUGUGGAUUUACGUUGCUUGAAUGGACAAGUAUUUGUCCAUUUACAUGGUGCUUGUUGUCAUCUGUGUUAAUUAAGCUCCAACCGUUACUAAGACGCUGUCAUUUUUUUAAUCUGUUUUGGAAAAAGCUCAGUCUUGUAACAGAUUAUUCUCUUUUUAUACAUUACUCACAGGCAUGAGGCGGUCUAGACAUAACAGUGCAUUACAAGUACAGGAUGACUGGCCUAUCAGAAAGGCUCUCACACUUUCUGACGUUGAUAUUACCCAUCCAUUUCUCACUCUGCCUCGUCAGGCCGUUGAGACUUACAUCCUUGUGCAUCUGACGCAACUUGAGCGGGACCAUUUGCUCAACAGAGAGCAAGUGGCCAUCAACGCUCAAGAUGAUGACACUGGUGAUGUUUAUGUGAUGAAAUUAAAGUGGCGUGGGAGUUAUUACAACCUUAUUGGCAAGUGGGGAAGAAUUGUACGUAGCAAGGGACUUGAUGUUGGGAAGGAGAUUAAAAUACGCUGGUUUAAUGGAUGCUUACACUUUUCGGUUCCACAACAACAAGUUCUUGCUGUGCCACCAUUGCAGAUUAUCCCCGCACCGGUGGUGCAUCAUGACCAGUGGCCUAUUAGGAAAGUUCUAACACUGUCUGAUGUGGAUACCAAUCAUCCUUUCCUACCUUUGGCACGGAGAUCAGUUGAAGAUCAUAUUCUUGUUCAUUGGACGCCGCAGCAACGAGAGCUGCUGAGAAAUGAAGAACAAGUAAAUUUGAAUGCACGAGAUGUUGAUACAGGGGAUAUAUAUGUGAUGAAACUGAGGUGGCGUGGUAACUAUUACAAUCUAAUAGGAAAAUGGGGAAAAAUUAUCCGUAGUAAGGGACUAGGCGUAGGGAAAGAGAUCAAAAUACGCUGGGCUAAUGGUUGCCUACACUUUUCUGUUCCCUAUGAGCAGACUGUUGUGCCUGCUACAAUCCCGGUGAUACAUCAACAAGAGGAAUGGCCAAUUAAAAAGGCACUAACUUUGUCUGAUGUAGAUACAAAUCAUCCUUUCCUCACAUUGCCUGGAAAGUCAAUUGAAGAUCAUAUUCUUUUGUAUUGGGCAUCACAGGCACGAGAGCAAUUAAGAAAUGAGCUCCAAAUAAAUGUAAAUGCUCGAGAUUAUGACACAGGUGAUCUAUUUUUGAUGAAGUUGAAGUGCCGUGGUAGUUACUACAAUCUCAUUGGAAAAUGGGGUCAAAUCAUCAGAGGGAAGGGACUGCAAGUUGGACAGGAGAUUAGAGUUCGUUGGGAUAAUGGGUACAAGUUUGAAAGAAUCCACUUAAGGUUCCUGAUGCUGGUACAGUACAUGGCUAUUGGUAAGGAUUGCGUUUUGUCAAUGAGAUGGAUGUUUAUUUGUGCUGUUUGUUCCCGCUUUCUAGAAUUAGUUGAUUGAUGGUUUUUGGACUUUUUAACGGUUUUGCGUUUUGACCAUCGUGAAGAACCCAUUUUUGCUAAUUUUAGUCUCUGUACACCUUUACAUAAACAACAGAUGACCACUGGCUAAAAUCAUUGAAGCUGUUGUUCAAUUGUAUUUUGAGAUGAAUCUCAGCGUAUAUUUUCCCUGACCAACGUUGGUUUGUGGAAAUUGUCAUCAUCAGCGAGGAUGGGAUUAUUGAACAGUAUGUUUGAAGGAGGGUCUGUCUUUACCAUGUCUAACAGAAAUUGUAAAA